AUGUUGUUAGUGCGAGUGUCCUUCCCGCUCAGUUCUAACGACGCCAUUGGGAUGGAAAGACGUAACGUGCGAAGAAGUAAAACUGAGGGCCAUUCCUCAUCGCCCAUGAUAUCGCCGGCACGUGGAUCAGCACGUGCGUUGGAACCGGUCCACGUACCGGCUCAGGCGCCCGUCCAGGCACCGGCGCCCGUCCAGGCACCGGCGCUCGUCCAGGCACCGGCGCACGUCCAGGCACCGGUUCAGGUGCCCGUCCAGGGACCCGUCCAGGCACCGGCUCAGGCGCCCGUCCAGGGACCCGUCCAGGGAUCCGUCCAGGCACCGGCUCAGGCGCCCGUCCAGGCACCGGCUCAGGCGCCCGUCCAGGCACCGGCUCAGGCGCCCGUCCAAGCACCGGUUGAGGUCUUCUUUCAGACACCGGCUCAGGCGUUCGGCCGACAACCUCUUCAACCAAUGGGAAGAAACGCAUUAGAAAAAAUAAGUUAUAAGAAAACUUUUAAUAUCCGAAUUAAUAAUCUGAUACGUAAAAAAUUACGCACGGUGCAGAAAAGAGGACAGGGUUUCAAACAGGAAGCACCACCACAACCACCACCACCACCACCACCAUCAUCAGCAGCAGUGGCACCUUAUUGGCAUCCGUGCAGAUAUGCUCCAUCAGCAUAUCCAGCAUAUCCAGCAUAUCCUCCACCGUGUCCGCCGCCGUGUCCGCCGCCGUGUCCGCCGCCGUGCCAUCAUCCAUCGUACGGCUCUGCGUACAAUCAGCCGUAUAAUGGAUACGGUUCAUCGUAUUAUUGGGUUAAACGCAAAUCCGGGAAAAAGGGAAAAAAGAGGAAGUCCCGAAAGGCCCCUCGCACCGCCGCAGUCACCGUUACUUGUCCGAAGGACGAGUACGCCGCGGUGCUAUCCCGGGCCAAGAGGGAGAUCCUCCUCGGGGACUUGGGAAUCACGGACAUCAGGCGCCGCGUCGGUCAGACGGGGGCCUUUGUCCUUGAGAUCCCGGGCCCCGAGGGGAAGAAACAGGCGGACGCCCUGGCACUCAGGAUGUCCGACCUGUUUAAGGACCAGCCAGAGGUCCACAUUGCUCGCCCACAGAAGAUGGGCGAGCUAAGAGUCCGCGACCUGGACCCCUCCGUCACGGCGGAGGAAGUCAUCCAGGCCGUGGUCCAAGGAGGAGGAUGCUCUCCCACCGAGGUUAAGGUGGGAGACAUCAAACCAGCACCGGGUGGCCUUCAGGCCACUUGGGUCCGCUGCCCGUUGGAGGCGGCCAACAAGGUCGCCCUGACUGGCCACCUCAGAGUGGGGUGGUUCAGGCUCAGGGCCGACCUGCUGGACGAGCGCCCCCUCCAGUGUUAUAGGUGCCUGGAGAGGGGCCACGUAAGGGCCAAAUGUCCCAGCGGCAACAUAGACCGCAGCGGGACUUGUUACCGCUGCGGCACCGUUGGACACGAGGCCAAAACUUGUACGGCGCAAGUUUGUUGCGCCGUAUGCAAGGCGGCCGGACGCUCGGCCUCCCACCGCAUGGGGGGCAAAGCGUGCAAAGCCCCCAAGAGCGGGGGCAAGAAAAAGAGGGGGGCUGCCCCGGCAUCCCCCCCUAAGCAGGGAGGGAACACACAGGCGGUCUCGGCGCCGCCGCCUGCCCCCGAGAAGGACAGUCCCAUGGGGAUGGACUGCGACCCAUCACCGACCGGUGAUGAGUCGAUGAAGGUUGGCCUGCAGGAGUGA